AUGGCACUAAGCUUUCAAUUUUUCAUCUUGCUUCUCCUUUCAUGUCUCAUCUCCGCAACCAGUUGCCUUAGCCAUCAUCAAAACAACAACAAACAUGCCGCAGAGCUCUUCAUUUUUGGAGAUUCACUUUUCGAUCCAGGAAACAAUAACUACAUCAACACUACCACCAGCUUCCAGUCAAAUUUUUGGCCCUAUGGCGAAUCUUUCUUCAAGUACCCCACUGGAAGGUUUUGCGAUGGUCGUCUCAUCCCUGACUUUAUCGCUGAGUAUGCCAAGCUGCCACUAAUUCAACCAUAUCUCCAGCAGCCUGCUGGUUAUCAGCAAUUUGUUUAUGGGACAAACUUUGCAUCUGGCGGAGCUGGUGCUUUACCUGAAACUUUUCCAGGAAUGGUGAUUAACCUUAAAACACAGCUGAGCUAUUUCAAAAUCGUAGUGAAGCAGCUGAGGCAAAAUCUAGGGGACAGGGAAGCAAAGCAACUGUUGUCUAAUGCUGUAUACUUGUUUAGCAUAGGGAGCAACGAUUACGUGAGCCCCUUUUUGACAAACUCCACCAUUUUUCAUUCAAAUUCUCCAGAGGAAUACGUCAAGAUUGUGAUCAGUACCUUAACAACUGUGAUCAAGGAUAUUUACAUGAAAGGCGGGCGAAAAUUCGGGUUUGUUAACUUGGGGCCUUUGGGUUGUUUGCCAAGAUUUAGAGCACUCGAGCCUGAAAAUAAUGGUGAAUGCAUGGCAGAAAUCACAACUUUAGUGAAACUACAUAACGGGGCACUUUCCAAAAACCUCAGAAACCUCAACAAACAAUUGAAAGGGUUCUUGUAUUCUAAUUUCGAUUUCUACACUACAGUGACUGAAAGAAUGAACAAUCCAUCAAAAUAUGGUUUCAAGGAAGGCAAGACAGCAUGCUGUGGCAUUGGUCCUUACCGAGGAAUUCCAAGUUGUGGAGGAAAGAGACGAGGACUAACAGAGUUUGAGUUGUGUAAGAAUGCGAGUGAGUAUUUGUUCUUUGACUCUGGUCAUCCCUCUGAAAUGGCAAACCAGCAAUUUGCAGGGCUAAUGUGGAAAGGUAUUCCCAAUGUCACAAGGCCUUACAAUCUGAAAUCACUCUUUGAACGGACACACUAG